GCCGGUUUUGUGUUCGUGUCGGACUUCUGAAAUAAAUAUUUAUUUACAAAUCGAUCUCAAGCGUUUGUUUUUAUUUUGAUUUCGUGGAAAUUUGAUAUCGAUUCCCGAACUGGAAUAGGGCUUUGCCUAGUCUUGAGAAUCAAAACCCACAGGGUCUCGAUGAGAAGUGAUUUAUACAGCCUUCUAGAGCGACCCAGCAACGUGGAUCCUUGACAUAGACACACACGACGGAUUUUCGACUCCCAAAAUUGGAAUUCCUACCGAGAGCAACUCGCAUUUCGGAUUAUAAAAUGCUUCUGUCCAAAUUCAACACGUUUGCUCACAUUUCCACCGUGGAUAUGCCAGCGAAGAUCCAGCUUCAAGUUAAAGAGAAGGAGCCAUUCGAGAAGAUUUAUCAGGUCGGCUCUGUGCUGGGAAGCGGUGGUUUUGGCACGGUCUAUGCGGGUUUAAGGAUCGCUGAUGGCGCGCCGGUUGCCAUAAAGCAUGUCGCAAAAGAUCGAGUGACCGAAUGGGGAGAAUUGCCCAAUGGCGCCCGUGUCCCCAUGGAGAUCGUCCUCUUAAAGAAAGUCGCCACCGGAUUCCGUGGCGUUAUCAAGAUGCUGGACUGGUACGAGCGACCGGACAGCUUCAUUAUCGUCAUGGAAAGACCGGAGGCCGUCAAGGACCUGUUUGAUUUCAUCACGGAGAAGGGCGCUUUACCGGAGGAGCUGGCCGGGAACUUUUUCCGUCAGGUUUUGGAAGCGGUGCGUCAUUGCCACAACAGUGGCGUAGUUCACCGGGACAUCAAAGACGAGAACAUCCUCAUCGAUUUGCGAACGGGCGACUUGAAGCUCAUCGACUUCGGAUCGGGGGCAUUGCUCAAAGACACUGUUUACACCGAUUUCGACGGUACUCGUGUUUACAGUCCACCAGAAUGGAUUAAAUUUCACCGUUACCACGGACGUUCCGCCACCGUGUGGUCUCUGGGCAUUCUACUGUACGACAUGGUCUGCGGGGACAUCCCGUUCGAGCAAGACGAAGAAAUUGUACGUGGGCAGGUGCUGUUCAGGCGGAGAAUCUCAACAGAAUGUCAGCAGCUUAUCAAGUGGUGCUUGGCCCUACGCCCAGCAGAACGCCCGUCUUUCGAGGACAUAAUCAACCAUCCCUGGAUGCAGAACACGGCGCCCCCUACAGACAGCACGGAGAUCAGACUGCACAGCAUCAGCCACGAGCAUCAACCUGCUGCUUUUCCUGCCGUCACUGUGUGCAAAUGACUGUGAAAUACAUACACUGAGACUUUCCAUUACAACAGAAAAACCACCCAGGGGACCCCUGGACUGAGCGAUGCAAAAACAUGUUUUUCUUUUGUUUUGAGCAUUGCCACUGUGUGGGAGGGGUGCUGUUCUCUGGCAAACCUUUGGCUCAGGGUCCCAGAGGUCUGGCUUGCAGGAACCAAAUGACCGUCAACACUGCAGUCAGACACAGGUAGACCACCUCAGAAGGUCUAGGGUGGAAGCACUGAGUGCCACUUUUAAGGGCGGGCCAAGAAAAGUUGUGCUUGUGAUGAGGGCCUGCCAUCAAUCUACUACAAGGGGGCAGUUUGGUUCAGUCAGGGCUGUUCCUUUAGGAUGCAGAUCUGUUGAGCUUAAUAAUUGUAGUGCCUUCUGUGCAACAUCAAGGGAUUGUUUUUAUUUUGUGGAAAUACUUGAAUUGAGUAAUAGCCACUGUAACACUCUACUCCUUAAUCCGAUGUCUUUUUGUUAUUUUAUUUUUUUACCUAUUUGCUUCCACUUGUUGUUAGCAGGUAUCUGUCGGUCUUACUCUGAUAUGUCAAGAGUAACCAAAAUGACCUCAUGAAAGAAUGAAAAGUCUUACCUCACUCUAUCAUAUCCUUCUGGUUUCUCACUUUGUACUGAGUAACCUUAGCAACUACCACUCAUCACCACAGAUGCACACAGCAAUGCAGCUGCAACGUAAAGACUACAUUUUCUGUAUAUUUUAUUUUUGUUUAUACUGUAAAUAUUGUAAUUGCUUAGGUCAGCUAUCUCUCAAUUCCAUGACGAGGCUUGCAUGUAAAUAAUAUUUAUUUGAGUUUCUUAAUACAUCGAGAUGGAAGAGGAGUUAUUUAUUUAAUUUAUUAAUAGAGAAGCAAUUUUGCUGUUUUUUUUUUUUCUCAUUCCACCACAGAAGGGCCCACAAAUUAUUUACAUUUAUUUUUAAUAUAUUUAAAGCCUUUUUUGUGUGAAAAUAUAUG